CUUAGUUCAACACCUGAGCUCUGAUUAGCUGCCCAAAAAUUAAAAUUGAAAUUGAAUUAAAUGAGAUCACUUCAUAAACGAUGCAGUUAAAACAAACGUUCAGCACUUCUGGCAUAUUCAUAAUAUUGUGCCUGCAGACCAGCUCGUAUGCACUUCAAAAUAUUCUUGGAGAUUUAACACAACUGGGAUUGAGUAAUUUCCGACAAGAACUUUUGCGUCCUCAAAUACCCCGCAACAAUGAUGUCUACGAUUUUAUAGUGGUGGGUGGCGGUACAGCUGGCAGUGUAGUGGCCAAUCGUCUGUCGGAGAAUCCCAACUGGCGUGUGGCCUUAAUAGAGGCUGGUGGCACGGAAAAUAUUUUUAAUUUGGCUCCCGUACUUUGUGGUUAUAUGCAAGUUACUAAUGCCAUUUGGAACUAUAGAACUGUGCCACAGAAACGUGCCUGUUUCGGCAUGUACAACAAUGAAUGUCUACAUCCACGCGGCAAGAUAUUGGGAGGCACCAGUUCUAUUAAUUUUAUGAUCUAUAAUCGUGGCAAUCGUCGUGACUUUGAUAGCUGGGCUGAAGCGGGCAAUUAUGGCUGGUCCUAUAAUGAGGUUUUGCCCUACUUUUUAAAAUCUGAAAUGGCCAAUCUAGAUGGUCUGGAAUUUACACCUUAUCACAAUCAAUCGGGUCCAUUAAGUGUGGAGUAUGUGAAAUAUCGCACAGAGAUUGUGCAUGCCUUUAUAAAAGGUGCUCAACAGGCUGGACAUGCCUAUACGGAUUAUAAUGGUGAAUCCCAAUUGGGCGUUUCAUAUGUUCAAGCCACUACACGAGGUGGCCGCCGUCAUAGUGCCUAUCGCGCAUUUAUAGAACCCAUUAUGUUGCGGCGCCAAAAUUUAAAAAUAUUCACUUUCUCCCGAGUCACUAAAGUUUUAAUAGAUCCUUCGACAAAGGCCGCCUAUGGAGUGGAGUUUAUCUAUCGCAAACAACGUUAUGUUUUCAAGGCUCGCAAAGAAGUAAUACUCUCAGCUGGUUCAUUUAACUCACCCCAACUACUUAUGUUAUCGGGUGUAGGUCCUGAAGAUAAUUUAUCACGCCUAGGCAUUAAUAUCUUGCAAGAGCUUCCCGUGGGCGUUAGAAUGUAUGAACAUGCUUCUCAUUUUGGUCCCACAUUUCUAGUCAAUACCACUAAUCAGUCCUUAUUUACCAAUCGUUUUGGUAUAUCCGAUAUAUUAGGAUUCUUAGCUGGCAGACCCGAUACCCGCAUGUCCACCUUAACGGGUGUAGAAGCAUUGACAUUUUUAAAUGUACCGGGAUCUAAGCGUCCCAAGGACUGGCCAGACUGUGAAAUUAUAUUUGCCAGCGGCAGUUUGGCCUCAGAUGAUGGUACUGCUUUAAAAGUUGGUGCCAAUAUAAAAGAUGAAAUCUACAAUCGCUUGUAUAGACCCAUAAUGCAAAGCCAACAGGAUCAUUAUACCGUAUUAAUAAUGCCCUUUCAUCCCAAAUCAGUGGGUCGUGUAUGGUUGAGAACUAAAAAUCCCUUGCAGUGGCCUAUGAUUGAUGCCAAUUAUUUUGAUGAUCCCAACGAUGUGGAAGUAAUGCUGGAGGGCAUUAAGGCAGCCAUACGUAUAUCAAAAACACCUGCCAUGCAAAGAAUUGGUACAAGAAUUUUAGAUACCCCUCUACCGGGUUGUGAGUCCUACACAUUUGGCUCCGAUGAUUAUUGGCGUUGUUCCAUACGAACCAUGACCUAUACGUUGCAUCAUCAAGUGGCCACUUGUCGCAUGGGUCCAGCAACGGAUCCUACAGCUGUUGUAAGUCCUGAACUUAAGGUUCAUGGCAUACGCAAACUAAGAGUAGUGGAUGGUGGCAUUAUACCGUUUCCUCCUACGGCCCAUACCAAUGCGCCAGUGUUUAUGAUUGGGGAAAAGGCGGCCGAUAUGAUAAGAGCUGCCUGGGGGGAUUAGAGGCUUUAGAAAAGUUUCCUAUAACUCGUGUAUAUUUAUUUAAUUUUUAAGUAUAAUUAUCAUUAUUUAAAAACAGUAUUUGUAGAACCACAACCACAAAAUUGUAUAUAAAUAAAUAGUUUGUAUUGAA